UCAUGGCAUUUGGCAAACAAAAGUAGCGGCAUAAUAUUAGAUAUCACUACAAUCAAAAGCCUCCAUUAUGGAUAUCCACCACAAUUUUUCUAUCUUCAUGUUUAUGAUCUUGGCUUUAUUCACUCCAAAUGCUUAUAGUCGUUAUACAUCAAAAAACUUGUCAAAAUUAGCUGAUUACAACCUAAGUUUACUAUCAUCUUCGUCCAUUGAUGAAGGCACCAAUUGGGCUGUUCUUGUUGCUGGUUCUCGAGGCUAUGGUAAUUACAGACAUCAGUCUGAUAUUUGCCAUGCUUACCAAAUAUUAAAGAGAGGAGGUUUAAAGGAUGAUAACAUCAUAGUUUUCAUGUAUGAUGAUAUAGCCGACAAUGAAGAGAACCCAAGAAAAGGAACCAUAAUUAAUAAUCCCAAAGGAGAAGAUGUUUACAAAGGAGUUCCUAAGGAUUACACGGGUGAAGAUUUAACAACUAGCAAUCUUUUAGGAGUUAUACUUGGAAAUAAAACAGCUAUAAAUAGAGGCAGUGGCAAAGUUGUUAAUAGUGGUCCAAAUGAUCGUAUUUUUAUUUACUAUUCGGAUCAUGGAAGUCCUGGUGUACUCACUAUGCCAAAUGAUGAUGAUCUAUAUGCAAAAGAUUUCAUCGACACUUUGAAGAAAAAGCACGAAAUGGGAACAUACAAAAGCAUGGUAAUAUAUGUGGAAGCAUGUGAAGCAGGGAGUAUAUUUGAGGGACUUUUAAAGGAGGAGUGGAAUAUAUAUGUAACAACAGCUUCUAAUGCUGAUGAAAGUAGUUGGGCAACUUACUGCCCUGGAUUUGAUCCAAGUCCUCCUCCUGAAUUCCAGACCUGUUUAGGUGACCUCUAUAGUGUUGCUUGGAUGGAAGAUAGUGAGCUGCAUAAUACCCAAUCUGAGACUUUGAAGAAACAAUAUCAAGUGGUAAAGAAACGGACAGCAGCGGGGGGAGAACAUGGAUCACAUGUGAUGGAAUAUGGUUAUACCAGCAUUGGUACGGAGUUACUCUCAAAUUACUUGGGCUCAUCAGCAUCCUAUUCAACCCAACUUAUUAAUCACAACAACCUACAAGUUUUAUCAUCAAUUAAUGUACAACAACAUGAUGCUGACAUUCUUUAUUUGAAACAAAAGGUCCUGCGAGCACCUGAAGGAUCAAUUAAAAGAAAAGAGGCUCAAAAGGAAUUAGAUGCUGCCUUAUCACACAGACAAAACAUAGAUACUACAUUUAAACAGAUUGGAAAGUCGCUUUUUGGUGAUGUAAGGGGCUAUGAGACAAUUCAAGCUGUUAGAUCAUCUGGCUUGCCUAUCGUGGACGAUUGGGAUUGUUUCAAAACACUGGUUGAAACUUAUAAGACACAUUGUGGAAAAUUGUCAACGUAUGGAAAAAAACACAUGAGAGAGUUUGCAAAUAUGUGCAAUGCUGGAGUAGACCAAUCUCAAUUUAGUAAAGUUGUAUCACAAGUGUGUAGCAACAAUAACUUAAAUCUAAUAACUUAACAUUAAUUAGUUUCUAUAACUUUUCCUACUCAUACUUAAUAUACAAGGUUCAAAAUAGAUAAAUUAAAAAAAAAAAAAUAGAUACAUUGUUAGAAAUAUGUAUAUGCUUUCUACUUGUAGAAUCGCAAGUAAAGGAAGACAAAGAGUAUAUGUCAUGUUGUUAAAGAUUUGCUCUCAUUAAUGAAACAAUCAAUAUGAUAUUGUUAAGA